AUCAUUUCCGGGGAUUCCGCAUGUUAGGACUGUUUGUGUGUUAAUGCAAAAAUCAGUGUUUAUAGUGUGUCGUUUCCUUCAUUCAUAUCUUUGAUUGUCACUAGAAACUCGGACAUAAACAGUUGACAGUCUUCCCUUUAAAAUGCAGGUAAUUCUAGCAUAACCUAAUGAACAAAUAGAAUUUUUACUAACUUAUUCUGAGAAGAAUAUGAAGGAGGAAGGAUUGCAAUUCAAAUUUUAUAUUAUAUAUUUUAUAUAUAUUUAUAUGAAAAAAAAAGAACACUCACACAACUCAAAAUAUAAAAAAGACCUCCUACCCCUGCCCCUUGCCUUCUGGCUUCUUAGACAAGUUAGACUUAGACCGUCUUAAUGUUCUCAGGGGGUCUGCAGUUGCCCCAGGGUCGGUGAGGAAAUACAUUUGAGGUAGGAUACUCUGUCUUAAAUUCAAAUUGAUAACUUCUAAUACUAAUAUACAGUAUUAUACAGUAAAGAAUAUAACUAUAACUUAUAACAUAAUUGACAUGAUAAUCAAAUGUAGAUAAUAAGAAAAGAUACUAGAACUAGUGAGAAUUGUUACUGUUAAUAUGAUUGUUGUUUGUUGUUGUUCGGGAGUCGACCUUGACCACUUUAAUCAUCAGAUUUGUGCUAGUUCUGUCUAUGUGGGUGUGCAGAUGGCUAAUGAGGCAGAUUCUGGCAGCAAAUUUUCUUGUGCAGUAGGUGCAGAAGAAUGAUGGGGCAUCUCCGGGAGCAGAGUCAGAUCGGGCCUUCCUGGCAUGUCUCUUGCCCUUGUGCUCUGCAUCUGCUGUUCUGCCAACUUCAUGUUGCAUGGAGCUCCUGUGUAAAGUGGAAUUUCAUGAUGUUCGAUCUUUUGCUUUUUCCUCCCAUGUUUUGGGUUUAUUUCGAACGCUUUUAGUGAGGCUUUUACUUUUAGGUUGUCUUUAAAACGUUUCUUCUGCCCCCCAGCAGACCGCAUUCCUUGUUCGAGCUCACCAUAGAAAAUUCUUUUGGGCUGACAUUCGUCGGACUUUCUCAUAACAUGUCCCGCCCAGCAAAGCUGGGACUUCAUUAAGAUGGUAAAGAAGCUGGGGAGAUCUGCCUGUUUGACCACCUGAGUGUCUGGGACUCUGUCCUGCCAUUUAAUGUUGAGGAAAUUUUCUGAGUCUUGUUUCAUGAAAGUGGUGCAGCAUUUUUGCAUGGAGUUGGUAUAGCGCCCACGUUUCACAGGCAUAGAGAAGCGAAAGGAGAACAGCCGCCUGAUAUACUUGCAGUUUAAUUUGAGUGCUGAUACCUCUCCUGGUCCAUAUGUCCUCAGUCAAUUUUCCAUAGGUUGCACUGGCUCUCGCAAUACGGAGGUUAAUCUCGUCAUCGAUGGUUGCGCUUUUGGACAGUGUGCUGCCUAGGCAAUUACACAGCCUUGCUUCGCGCCGUUUGAUUGUUGCUUCACAAACAAGAAACAUAGCUAAGGGGGCAUUUAGUUUUAGUUUAACUUUGACCAUUCAGACCAUUGACAAUGUUUUGACAUUGUCAUCCUGAAAAUUAUUAAAUAUUGACAAUUGACUGCCUGAUUUUGGCUAGGCCAAAGAAUUUUAUGAUGGCAGUUUGAGUUUGUGAUGAUUGGUAGAGGCAGAGGCAUCACUAUUUAGGUAGCUUUUUUACCACCAUAAAUUAUUUUUCUGCAUAAUUUUAUUGUCUUAAGUUCAUGUUUCGCAAACCCUAGUGCUAUUUUGCAUGUGGCAGACAUGCAAAUUGAGGAAAUGUCACUGUGACAACAUGACAAGCCAUUGACAUACUUGGGGGCAAGAGCUACUAGCUCCAUUCCAAAUAAUAUGAGACUAAUAGUAAUAGUACCAAUAACUACUAAUAGAAAUCACAUAAAACAUUUUACAAGCCUCUGCAGAAAUAAAUGAUGAAGUGCCUUGCUUAAAUGCUUGUAUUGAGUGUACCUUGAAUUUUAAAAGGUUGUUCUAGACUUGUUCAAAUCUGAACUUUCAGAAUUUUAAUUUUUAAUAAUUAAAAAUUUGGUUGUGCACUGCUACUGAACAUUCAAUUUUUCAAUCAACAGAACCCAGAUGAAGAUACUCAGUGGAAUGAUGCAUUGCGCCGCCACAAUAUUAUUCCUCAAAAAGAGAAGGAAAAAGAAUUCACAGAAGAUGACAUAGUUAAUCUUCUUGAACAAACUGUAGAGUCUAUUCAAAAAGGCAAAUAAAUUUUUUUUACAGUUUUAUAUAUAUAUAUUAUUAUAUUAUUAGUUAUGCCUAUGAACAAAUUUCUACAUUCUGGCAAGCUAGAAAAAAGACUAAUGUACUUCAAUCUAAAAAAUAAUAUAUUUUCCUUACCCUUGAUUAGAGGGCUAAGUUAUUAUUUGAUUUCAUGACAUUAUUAUAAAGUUUUUUAAAAAUGUUGUGUGUACUAAGCAUCAAUAAUAUAAGAAAAGUUAACAUAGAAUGUUCAAUUUAAACAUUUUUUAAUGGAAUGUAAAUUAUUUUAUUUCAGGAAAAGGUCUUGCUGAGCUAACACUAGAUGAACUUAAUGAUAAAGAAGAUGAUAUAGAUGAAGAUGAUGAAAGGAUCUUUGAAGAAUACAGGUAUAUUUCAUAUGGUAAUAAAUUUUAGCUGCAAACUUAUGUAACAUAACCAGUUAGUUAGUUAUUAAUCGUUUUCACCGCCAUUUUAUUUUAUAUUUAAUUUGGCAGACGUCAAAGAUUAGCUGAACUUAAAGCUGCACAGGCAAAUGCAAGAUUCGGUGAUGUUGUGGAGAUAAGCAAGGCUGAUUACGUCACACAAGUUAAUAAUGCAGGGGAGGGAAUAUGGGUUGUUCUGCACGUAUACAAAGAUGGGUAGGUUUUCCCAAAAAUAUUUAUAUUUUGUUAUCAGUGUCAUGCUUUAUUUAGGCUUAGCUAUGGAUAAAAGGCAAUUACUUUUAUAUCUGUUGGAAAAAUUAAUCUCAUAAUGGAUAAUGUCAAUCCCAACUUGUAAAAAGUACCCCAAAACAACAUUUCUUAGUAUUAUUUAUAUUUUAAAAUGUGCACAGGACUAUAAUGUGUGAUAUAUUUUGUUUCCUUAGGAUUCCCAUUUGCAAGCUGAUUAACAAUUACUUAACAAACUUGGCAAGGAAUUUCCCACAAACUAAAUUUUUAAAGAGCGUGUCAUCAGUCUGCAUACCCAACUAUCCAGACAAAAACUUGCCUACCAUUUUUGUUUAUUUUGAGGGUGAUUUAAAGAAACAGUGGAUUGGUCCUUUUUCAUUUGGUGGCAUGAAUCUUAAACAGGAUGGUAUGAGUUUCUAUUUAUUGACUUACUUUGUAAUUUUGAAGAAAAAAAACAAACAAAAAAACCUAUUAAAUACCCAUCAGUAAGUUUCAAGGACAAAGAUUAGUGAAACUAUGAACAUUUGUGUUUUCUAAGUAAACAAUAUCCUAUUGUCACGUUUUAUUGGUAAAAUUAUUUAUAAAAAUUAACUUGUGACAGUGUAGCAGACCAAAAAAAGAGUCUGUACACAGAAUUAAACAUGUUAUCAAAUGAGAAAGUAUAAAAGAAUGGGAUUUAAAUUAUAUUUUUAAAAACAUGAUUUGUUCCUCCUAAUUUUUUUUUUUUAAUUUGGUGAAAUGACAACUUUUUGUUACAGAACUUGAAUGGAUGCUUGCCCAAACUGGAGCCAUACAAUCUGAUAUUGAGAAACCUGAAAAGCCAGAGAUCGAAGAUGUGAUGACAAGUGCCAUUCGGCAAAGUAGAAUAGAUAAUAAAGAUAGUGAUGAUGAUGAAUGAUAAAUAACUGUCUUUGUGGUUUAUAAAUGGUAGUUUUUGUAAUUUUUAUUCAUGCAAAAACUGUAGAACAUUUUGGUAUUUUCUACAGAGGUAUCUAUCUAUUGAAAAUUCUGUUUUUUAAAGCAAAAAAAGAAAAUGGCAAUUUUAGGAUAAAUUAUUAGUUUUCCUUAUUUCAUUUGUGUGCCAUUAUUUAGAUUUUAAAAAAUAUCCUUUGUAUAAAGUUUAUUGUCAUAGAAGGUAAAAAAAAUUCCAAAUUCAAGAAUAAUUAACAAAUUGAUUGUGGCUAUCCAGAAAAAAACUACUGCCAAAUUCUGUUACCUUUUUGUGAGGCUGUGCUAGUUGAACAUAUUUUUAUGUGACCAGAAUUUUGAGUUUGUUGGGAAAAUGUUCAUUUCUUUCUUUUCAGGAUUAUGUUCAUUAUAAAAAAAUAAUGAAAGAUGAUGUUUUUCUCCCAUACCCGGUACUGUUCGGAAAUGCUUGAGAAUAAAAUUAUCUUUUUGAUAAGUUAUUUAAAAUACUUGUUAUAAAACUUAACAAUAUUUAGUCAUUUUGAAAAAUGCUAAGUUAAAUAUAACAGGCCAGCAUUUAUUACUUUUUAUUAGAGUGGAUGUUUUUUUGAGUGAGAGUACAUAAUUAACUUAAAACAUUUGUAAAAAUGUCAUGAGAUAAACUUGCU